AUGAUUAUUCCGGUAAAUGAUUUGUUAGCAUUUCAGGCGUUCGAUGAUUAUCCUAAAUCAUUUGGUGAAAUCAUUCUUAAAUAUUAUGUUUUCAGGGAUACUUUAGUAUUUUGUCAGGUUGACCCGUUAAGAGUUGCUGAUUUACAAAAUUAUGUUUAUGAAAAGAUAACUGAUGAAAAUUAUGAAAAGAUUAUGAAUCAUGUUUAUAAAUAUGAUCGCAAAUUCCAACAAAUCGGACUUCCUGCCAAAUUAAUUACAAGCUUAGCCGCUACAUCUGCUGACGCAACAGUUGAUAACGUUAUUAUUUCAUGCACAAAGAUGGAAGUUUUAGAGGAUAAAUGCAUUACACCAGGAUAUGGUUUAAUUGAAGAAUCAGUUAAAGCAAUACCACGUUUAUUUAGUAAGGAAGAUCCAUUCAUGAUUCCAGCUCAACAUAUUGACGUUCGUUCACUAAAUGGAGGUUGCAUCACUCCUGAAGGUAUUAGCUCGGAUUUCUCAUACGCUCUUCAUAAUGUUACAGAUGUUGUGUUAACAUUUCCGAAGAAUGCAAUGCAAAGAACAGUUUUAGAAAAUCCAAUGCUUCGAG